AAAUUCUAUAACAUAGUCGUGGUCUUGGUUCGUCGUCAACGUUACCCCGUACGUGUGCUAAACAUCGAGGCGCAGCAGCGGCAGCUUACAACUAUUAUUCUAUGCAAUUGUAUAAUUACCUAAGUCACUCAUAUAUUUAUUAGUGUAUAACUCCCGAAAUGCAUUAGUAUGUGUUUUCUAUAUCUAAACGGCUGUUACUUUAUACAACAUCAUACAAAAAUUCACCCCUCAAUGUCAAUGAAAAACGAAAGAAGAAAAAAACCCCUCGCAAAGAAACCAGCAUUUUUAAAAACACAAACCAGCAGGAGCAGAUGUUAUUACCCUAUACACAACACAACUUCUCUUCGUCCACAAACAUUGUGUGUGGAUUGAAUUGAAUUUUAUUCGUUUCGUUUAUUUAUUAGGGAGAAGGGGCUCUCAUUUUAGAGCUCGAUUGGAGUGUUGUUCAGUAUCGCGUGCUCAGUUCAAGAAAGGAUCUUGUCGUGAAAAGUUCAAAAAUUCACUUCCAAACAAUUUAUUCCAAUUUUUCUUAUUUGAAAACAGAAAUACUUUAAAGCUAUAGAUGUGUUUUUUUUUAAUGUCCUUUAAGGAAUAAAAUAAUGUCUCGUCACAAUUAUACCAAUCCGGCUUUUUGCCAAAAUAGUGAAUUCUAUCCAAUUCCAUCGGUCAACCGAGAACAUGACCAACAACAGUCUUUUUACAAUCGAAGUUUGAAUUUUUCCACCUCGGGGUCAUCGGUACCAGUAAAAAAUCCCCGCGACGGUCCACUUCGUAUUCAACGAAGCGUAUCUACACGAUCGUUUCGAACAUUGUCAAAUAGUAAUAAAAACAUUGGCUUGGAGAGACGCUUCGAUGCGGCCUCACCACCUAGACCUGGCCCAAAACCGGCUGGGGUGCAUUUAAAUCGAACAACAAAUGGCCCCUUUGAAUCGCGAUCGGGAAGCGGCCGUUACGCUUUGGUGCCCGUCGAAGAGUUGCCAACAACACGGAAGGAUCGAUAUGCGAUCGUUCCUGGUCCGGAACCAUCGGAAGUCGUCGUUACGCCUCGCCGAUUUGCCAAGAGUCAGGAUAAUCUUGAUCGGUAUUCUCAUCUGCCCGUAAAUAACGGCCCCACAUCGCUCCAUGAAGACUCGUCGGAACAGUAUACGAGUUUGCCACCGAUUUCUAUGUAUGAAGAGCAACCUCGAAUGAAACCAGCAUUUUCCAGUGAUUUUGGAAGUAAAACUUUCGUCCUUGUUGAUCAAAAGAGCAAUCAACGUUAUGCAAUGGUCCCAACUGCAGAAGAUGAGGAGAUUGUAGAUGAUAAUCAUGAGAUUAUUCAAAUGCAUAAUGGAAGAGCGCAUCGGUAUGCUGUGAUUCCAACAGAAGAUGAGGAAGAAACUUGUCUUAGUUCAUCAGAUCUUAACCAGAGUCAUGGUAAUCAGGAUCCUGCAGCUAGGACUCCUUUACAGACCUCCACACCACAGAAGGGAACUAUGAUUUCCUCAUAUCCCAAUACUCCUUUGAAGAAUCCAGCUGCAACAAGGAAACUUCAUGAGUUGCUAUCGACUCCAAGGAAGACACCAAUUAAAAGGACGAUGUCAACUCCUAGAAACAGCAACCCAAACACCCCUCGCUAUUACCAAAGCCAACAAAUCUAUCCUAGCCAACCGGAAAGGAAGAAGGAACUAUCUCCCCAUCGAUUACAAUAUGAGUAUCCCCAACAGCUUCAGAGACAUGUUCCAGUUGAUUCCAGGACAACUGCUGUGAUCCAGCCCAGAGUGGCAAUGGCCAAUCCAGGCGAUGAUAGUCUCAAUAAAACUUGGAACAAUUCAUACCCACAGAAAGUUGCAAAUGCUACUGCAACUUUAGCUGUGGUAUCGCUGAUGUUGAUCCUUGGAAGUGCUAUGAAUUCGGGACUUUGUAUUUAUAUGAUUGCUCAUAUGGGAAAAUCCUUUUAUCUACAAUUUAGUUUAGCUGCAGCUUUUUGUGGUGUUGGACUUGGAUUUUUAGGAUUUCGAUCAAGACAUAGUGAAUGGUUACCUAAUCGUAGUUACACUUCAGGUUAUGUACUUGUUACCAUGUUCUGCUUGCUAAAAUGUUGUGGAUUAUUAGUUUUGCUAGCAUUGGAUCCUUAUCCAGGAUUUCCAUUGCAUGAUGUAACAACUGGUGUAAUACUAGGACUAUCGGCAUUUACUAUAUUUUUUAUUGGACUUGGUGUUGUUGGAUCUUAUUGGUGUUAUAGACCACCACCAGAUAAUAGAGUUAAUGUAGUUAAUUAUUAA